AUGGCUACCGAGGAACCCCAGCUGGGCUCCAUUCAGGAGCGAAUCGCCGCCCUGCGACAAUCACAGGCCGCUCACCCGUCCAACCCUGAACCCCCACCGUAUCCUCGGCCGCCCGCCGAGCGAAGCAGAUCGGCCAACAAUCCCCCAUCAUAUAAUGUCACCGGCUUGGUCUUGGACAGCGCAGCUAUCGGCAACCAGCCCGCGGGCGAGCGGACCUCGAGGCCCGUCCCACGACCACCUCCGACUCCAUCACCGAAGCCGGAAUUGAAGCCUAAGCCCAAGGCCCCUCCCCCUCUGCCGACCAGAAAAGACCGCGCUCCUCCCCCUCCUCCGCCAUCGCGCUCGGAGCAACCGCCUUCAUAUGCCGAGUCCAGACCAUCGUUGCCGCCGCGACGACCGACAGAUCACUCACGACGUCCUUCGAUAGAGUCGGUCACGUCGGACGCGUCACACUCGACCGCUGCGACCACCGCGACCAGCUUGCGAGGCGCUUCGACAACAUCGGUGAAUUCCACAGGUACGGCGAAUAGCCGAAUCAAAGCACCGGCGUGGGGCGAGACGGAGUUGCCUGCGCUGCCGCCACGGCGUCCAAAGGAAGACCUGGCUGAUUUGAGGCCGACUCCACGUUCCGAGUCGAAGUCAACGCUGGGUGGACUGUCGGGCAGGGCAUCCGCCAAAUUCAAUUCCUUGAGAGGCAAGUCGCCGGGGCCUUCGACUUCGUCUCCAUCUCCACGGCCGAGCGUGCCAUCUCGCCCGUCGACAAAUGGAGAUGCUCCUCCCGUACCCCAACUCCCACCUCGACGUCCCUCGGGGGUCGACUCACCAUCAAAUGGAACCAGCGGAGCCGAUGCCCCGGCGCCUGCUCUUCCAAACAGAAGACUGCCCCCUACUCCAUCUGCGUCCGACCUCAGCAAUAUUCGACAAACCGGCUUCGGUGGCUUGACCAGUAAGGCCCCGAGUAUACCAACAAGACCGAGUAGCACACCAUCAAACGGAGCACCUCCGCCUAUUCCCCAUGCGUCGCGUCCGGAUCUCUCAAAGAUCCAAGCAACCAAGCCACUCUUCAAUAGUUCGGGGCACACUCCGGCUGCUGAUGGCGCAUCCGGCGUUGGUUGCUUGGUUUGCCGAGACUUUUCGGCCCCAGAUCAUCGUGCUGGACAGUAUCCUCGCGAGACACUUCCCUCGCAAGACUUGGGAUGGUUGGCGAAUGAGCUUACUGCGCCUUUCCCUUCUGCAACGGACAAGGCUCGGGUCAUCUUCAAGUGGCUGCACCACAAUAUUAUGUACGAUACGUAUUCUUUCUUUAAUAAUUGCGUCAAACCUUCCACGCCAGCAAGCACUCUGGCCACUGGAUUGGCCGUUUGCGAGGGAUUCGCUGGGCUGUUUGCAGCUCUGGCUACUAAGGCUGGGUUGGAAGCCGUGGUGAUCUCCGGGCAUGGCAAGGGAUAUGGUCACAAGGAGCUUGCGGCGGGAGAAUCCAUUCCGCCUUUCAAAGCCGGCCAUGCCUGGAACGCGGUCAGAAUCGACGGAGGCCAGUGGAAAUUGAUCGACUCAUGCUGGGGUGGUGGCCAUAUCUGUGAAUCCUCUGGUGGUCUAUACAAGCAGGAGUUCCACCCUCGUCAAUUCACCAUGCCAAACGACGAGUUCGGAUUGAAGCACUUCCCCACCAACAAGGAGCACUUUUUCCGUGACGACGGUCGUCCAGAAAUUUCCUGGGAAGAAUACAUGCGCACGAACCCGGAUAACCCCUUGGGUAACUCGCCGAUCAAUAUUUAUAAUGACGUCGACAAGCACGAUAUCGGUCGGGGUACUAUUCGCCCUGCUGAUGGACGUCUUUCUGUGUACAGCAUGUCCAGCCCCGUGCGCUUCCAGUUUAAAUUGGUCUGCGAACAUUGGACGAUGGCCCAUCACAGUCGUCGGGAACCGGCAUUGUUCUUGCUGAACAUCAAGGGUAUUGACGGGCGGAAGGACGAACGACUUCCUUUCUACUACAUUCCCGGCUCUGGACAUGGCGGUGGUGGCGCGACUUGGUACGUGGAUGUUCCCGAUGCUCGCAUGCUGGGAGCUCCUGGACAGAAGGUGCUUCUUUGCGUUUUGACCAAGUUCGGUGAUCGUACGGACUGUCGCGGAGUGACGAGAGAUGAGUACCUGACCAAGGCCGGCCGAGUGGGCAUGGCCUGGGCGUAUAUUGCCGAAUGGGAGCUGGUACGGUAA